CUAGAGAUAAGCGCGCAGAGGGAAAUGAGAUGAAGUGGUUUCAAGUGACCAUAGAUAUGAUUCUUGUGCUUUCAUUUAUAUCAAGCAGCACAGCGAAUCCGGAUGCGAAGCGACUCUACGACGAUCUGCUAAGCAACUACAAUAAAUUGGUGCGUCCGGUGGUCAAUGUCACGGACGCUUUGACCGUGCGCAUCAAAUUGAAGCUAUCCCAACUGAUUGAUGUCAAUCUAAAGAAUCAAAUAAUGACCACAAACCUGUGGGUGGAGCAAUCGUGGUACGAUUACAAACUCAAAUGGGAGCCCAAAGAGUAUGGCGGCGUCGAAAUGCUACACGUGCCCUCCGACCACAUUUGGCGUCCCGACAUUGUCCUCUACAACAACGCCGAUGGCAACUUUGAGGUGACGCUGGCCACAAAGGCGACACUCAACUACACUGGACGCGUCGAGUGGCGACCGCCGGCCAUCUACAAGAGCUCCUGCGAAAUUGAUGUCGAAUACUUUCCGUUUGACGAGCAAACAUGCGUCAUGAAGUUCGGCAGCUGGACAUACGAUGGAUUCCAGGUGGAUCUGCGUCACAUCGAUGAACUGAACGGCACCAAUGUGGUCGAAGUGGGCGUGGAUCUGUCCGAGUUCUAUACGUCCGUUGAAUGGGAUAUACUUGAAGUUCCUGCAGUGCGCAAUGAAAAAUUCUAUACGUGCUGCGAUGAGCCAUAUCUGGACAUCACAUUCAACAUCACAAUGCGACGCAAGACGCUCUUCUACACGGUCAACCUGAUCAUACCCUGCAUGGGCAUCAGUUUUCUAACCAUUCUGGUCUUCUACCUGCCAUCGGACAGUGGCGAAAAGGUCUCAUUAAGCAUAUCCAUUCUGCUGUCGCUCACUGUGUUCUUCCUGCUGCUGGCGGAAAUCAUUCCGCCCACAUCGCUGGUGGUGCCGCUGCUCGGCAAAUUUGUGCUUUUCACAAUGAUACUGGAUACGUUCAGCAUCUGUGUGACAGUGCUGGUGCUGAACAUUCAUUUCCGUUCGCCACAAACGCAUACAAUGGCGCCUUGGGUGCGCACGGUGUUCAUCAAUCAGCUGCCACGUUUUCUGGUGAUGCGUCGACCGCUCUAUCCGAUCAGCGAAAUGAUCAAAUCCUCGCGUCGUCUUAUGGUGCGCACGUGCAAUGGACUCGAGCUGAGGGAUCAAAUACCACCGUUGCCACCGCCUGUGGCUCUGUCCCGCAUGCAUCACAGCCCUAAAACGACAUCGCGUAGCACAUCGCCGCAUCUGCAGCAUCGCGUGCAGACGCUCAGUCUCAUGGAUGAGCUGGGCGCAAUGGGUGGCGGUGGUGUUGGGGGCGGUGUUGGUGGCGGUGGUGGUGGUGGUGCCUCAACAAUCACCGGGCAUUUGAGCUCACUGUAUCCGCCGACCAUAUCGACGGUUAACCAGCAAACCUCGACCACAUCCUCGCUGAUUGAUGCCCAGUAUCACAAUCAGUAUCAGCAGACGGGCGGCUCGCUACUCGAUCAUCCGCUGACGCCGACCAAGUUCCGCCAGAUGACCUCGACGUCAAGCCAGACGGGCCAGGGACAGAACGGCGCCACCACCGCUCAUCAUCACUACAAUGCGGGCGCAUGCUGCGGCUCGUCGACAGGUGCAGCUGGUGGUGCGGCUGGCAAAAGCAGCUCCACAUCGACGCUGGCACAGCAUCAGGGGGGCAUUAGCAGUCAGGGCAGCCAGGCAGGGGCUGGCAGCUAUCAUCUGUAUCGUCAGCAAUCGAGUUGCUCGGCAAAUUUCUCGCCAUUGCCGCUGCAUGCGCAUCAAGCGCACGCCUCGACAACCACCUGCGAUUUGGGUUUGGGCGGCAUCCACAAUCCCAAUGUGAUAAAGUCCACAACGACGGUGAAUUCGGUGGCCACCGCCUCAACGCUCGCUGAUUCCUGCUGCAGCGGCACCAUACAAAUCCAUCAGGGCAUGGGCGCUGGCGCCGCCUGCCAAUCCUCAGAGCUGCUGCAUCAACAUCGACCCACCACAUCAGCCGCCGCGGCCGCUGCAGCCGCUGCUGCUGCUGCCGCCGCCUCAGCAGCUGGUGCCAGCACCUCAGCGGCGGCAGCUGCAGCCGCAGCAGCAGCGGCAGCAUCAGCGGCGGCAGCGGGUGGUGCAACACCGACGCCACCGCCACCGCCAGCCUGUGAUAUAUUGCCUGCCUGCCAGCGCGAGGGCGGACCCCACUGUUGUACGGGGGGACGGGGCAGCAAUGUGCGACAACGCUGGCACACCUGCCCAGAGCUCCACAAGGCCAUGGAUGGUGUCAACUAUAUUGCGGAUCAGACGCGCAAGGAGGAGGAGAGCACACGGGUCAAAGAGGACUGGAAAUACGUUGCCAUGGUGCUGGAUCGUCUCUUCCUCUGGAUAUUCACAAUAGCUGUGGUGGUGGGCACCGCCGGGAUUAUCCUGCAGGCGCCCACGCUCUACGAUACUCGCGUACCCAUUGACAUCAAGCUUUCGGAGAUUGCCUCCACGACGGCCAAGCCGAAUGUGGCGAGGCCCGUGUUGUAAAUCCCAUAAGGACGACAUCAGCACACACACUUACACACACAUACAGAGAUACAGAGAUACACGCACACACUCACUCACACAGACACGCGCAUACUUGGACAGUCUGAGGAAGUAAAAGAAGGAAGAGAAGAAAUUCGCAUUUCUUUUUUU